CUCUUAUUAUUUUAUACCUUACUUUUAUUUUUGCUCUCCUCUCAUUUCACCUUUAUUUUUUUUUCUUUUGGUUUCUUGUCCAUUGUCAGUGUUCAUUGCCACCGAUCUAUAUAUAUCUAUAGAACACAUAUGGCUGGCCUAGAAACCGUAUAUGCCAUACACGCAUUCGAGGCAGAAAACGACGAUGAAAUCGCUUUUUCAGUAGGAGAACCCAUCAUUGUCCUUGAAAAAGACGAUGGCUACAAUGAUGGGUGGUGGCAGGGACGUAACGUACGGGGAGAAAUUGGAUUAUUUCCAAUGAACUAUACGACCACCAAAACGCCCGACAGCUCCCCUUCACUAGAGAACAAAAUCGAUUCAUUGGAACACGACAUUUACCGAAUGCAGUUGGGUUCAGCUGAUAAGGUUCACACAUCUUUUACGUCUCAUCAUCUUCCUACCCCCUCGACAUCCUCCUCCACCAAAGUCUCGCGCGAUCCAUUACCACGUGUUAAUUCUUUCUCUUCUCUCGACUCGUCGUCCUUAUCUCAUUCAACUUCCGCUCGUCAUUUGCCACAUUCCACCGCCCCUUCCAAAACUAUGCAACAAACCCUUGAGAUCACCUUGUCAUUACCCACAUUGAGUCACACUGCGCCUGAGGAUUGGUCCAUGGAUCAAGUCGCCUUUUGGUUAUCAUCGAUGGGGUUCGCAGAUCACGCUGACAACUUUAAAGCUCAGGAAAUUACGGGCGACAUCCUUUUAGAGUUGACGGCCGAUUCGUUGAAAGAGCUUGACAUUAAAACUUUUGGUAAACGAUUCAAAAUUCAUAAUGCCAUUUGUGCACUUCGAAACCACGUGAACCAUCAAACCGUAAAUCAUCCAAGUGGGAAUCGUCCGAGAGAACACGCAUCAAAGUCCAACCCACUUUUGGCUACUACGCCCACAUUGAGUAAUAGCUCGGAGGCGCAGCGACCUUUGAACGAUCACAGUGAGGUGGAUUCGGGGCGAGUUUAUGAUGAGAAGCUUCAGACGAGCCGACUUGCAUCGCCAAAAUUGAUGCCUUAUGCUGACGAUGAUCUGGUUUCGGAUUACAGCACGGUGAUUCGCAAUUCAACACAGACAUUCCGACCGACCUCGCCCGUCUACCCGCGGACUUACACCAGUCCAGGCUCCAUUCAAAGCGAUCAACCCAGUCGUCCCAAUUACUCGUAUUCUGUCGAAUCCUUUACAUCCAGCCCACCUGUACAUCAUCCUAUCGCCGACCGUCCCACCACUACGCUUAUACAAAAAUCGACAUCCAAUAGAAAUCCCUCCGCAACAGCUAGUUUACCCAGUGCAUUCUUUGAACAGUCCAAUCUUCCAUCGUCCAUUCCUUCCGCUGCCAAAUCUCGUUACAGUAGCUUCAAAAAGAGCUUGCUCAUGUCAACUUCACGGCCGCAGACGGUUCUUCCUGUGGCGUCCCGAGCUUCCGCCGAUUACGUUGCGCAACGGAUGGGAUUUUCGGAUGGUAGUGUCACCCCGGAUAUGGAAGGCUGGUUGCAUAAGCGGAGUGACAAGUACAAAACUUGGAAUAAGCGAUGGUUCGUUCUCAAAGGACCCAAUCUAUUCUAUUUCAAGAGUCCAAAGGAUGUGCGCAUGAAGGGCAUUAUCAAUCUUCGAGGCUACAAGAUUGUGGCUGAUGAGUCGAUUUAUCCCGGAAAAUAUUGUUUCAAGGUCCAGCAUGAACGCGAACGCACGUUUUACUUUUACACGCAUCAUCAAGCUAGUUUGAAAGCAUGGAUUUCGGCUUUGUUGAAAGCUACCAUUUCCCGAGAUAUGGAAGCCCCAGUGAUGUCUUCAAGCACCAUACCCACCGUACCUUUGGAAGUCGCACGUCGCAUGAAACCAAGACCACCCUCUGUACUAUUGUAUAACAACAACAACAAAGACGGCAACGGCAACGGCAACAGCUCUAACAAAGAGAACCAGGCACAUCAUACAUCAUAUCGCCCCACGCCUAUUGACACUCGCCCGUUCUCGGCGUCGCGCGAAGAGCUUUCUCAACCCAUCAUGCGAGCCUCCAUAUCAGAUGACACCAGCCGCACUUCACUUCACAUGUUGCCGCAAACACCCGAGUCGGGAAUUACACUGGCGAGUCAGUAUGCGACCCCGGAGCCCAAUGAUGUCGCUCCACAGGAACCGAGACCCGCACCGCAAGAAUACCGGUUAUCGGUGUCACAGACGUCACAUGAUUAUUUCAGUCCUGACGAAGACGAAGACUUGAUUGAUCCUCAUCACGAUGAACUUCUGGCCGUGCAAAGACCGGGGGGAUUGCGUCGGUUGACGGAAGAAAGUCACUUGAGUCAACAUUGGCAUCAUUCCUGGACCGUGGAAGAUUACUUGUCGUGGAUCAAUCAAAAUAUCAGCAGCAAGAUCACGGAUCUCAAUGAACUUCGUACAGGUGAUAUCUUGAUUGAUCUGUUGGAAAAUCUCAGCGGCAAGCAAGUCCGACGACCGCCCACCACCAACACCACGUCCGUUAGUAUGCAAAUGUUGGAUAAUAUCGUGGCGGCUUUCAAGUUUAUGGGAAGAGAAGGCGUCACGGUCGAUGGCCGAUACACCAUUAAAGAUGUAUUUAGUGGCAACGAGGAAAAAAUGAUGGAAAUGUUGGAUGCUAUCAAGUCUUGGGCCGAUACUCUGGAUCGACCGGCGAGUGACAAGAAAAUGGCGAGUGGAGGCACCUUUGGCGAAGAAGAUCAAGGCAAGCUCAAAGCAUUGGAUGGAGACACCGUCCAUGUAUAACUGUUGCUCUUGUUACUCGAUUGGCUGCUCCUUUCGUCCUUCUUCCAUUUUUUCCCUCUCCCCUCUCCCCCCCCCCCAAAAAAAACAUUGUAUCCUACUUUAUCUACCUUUUUCAUAUCUAAAACUACGCUAUUUUCAUCACCUAAUACUAUAGACUAAAAAUACUAUUUCAUUUCAUCAUUAUAAAAGAAAGGUAAACGUCCUCAUUCCCCCCUCCCCUUUUUUUUUACGCAGUACUCACUCUUGCCGUGACCACCUACAAUAACGCGAGUGACAUAUAAGAGAGGCUCACUUCACGUUGAAUAGAAUUCGAC